CCUUUCUUGUGGCCAUUCUGAGAGCCCCUAACUCCUCCUCAACAUCCAAGUCCCAGCACUACACUGAUAAAGGACAGCGUCUCAGUCGCAGUUUGUUGCUGCGACACUUUAUUACUCAUUCCCCAGAGUUGAGACCUUCCCAGUGUUGUGGCGCUGGCAGGUUGGAGGGAGAGUUCCCAGUCCCACAGACACAGCGAAUGACAAUACAAACGCCUCAUUCAGGAACAAAAAAGACUGGAAGCCCUGGGCCGCCCCGGGGACAAGGCGUUACUUUGCUGCCUUUACGACACUGGCGCUGCUUUCCGGGAUAGUGACGUGGAACGUCAACAGUGUAACAUGGCUGAGCCCGAGGAAAUGUCGCCUCUCUCUUCGCCUUCUCUUCCGCUGUCUUCUCCAGGAGCCGGGGAAGAGGAGGAGCCGGAUAGCUGAAUUUUGAAUUCCCCAGUUGAGUGUUGGCCAUGGGUUACAGGAGACUCUGCUCUUGCACUAGCCCCUACAAUACUGCUGCAUGUGCUUGCCAUGGCACCCAUAGGUUCCACAGCAUUUGUAUGGUCUCAGACUUUUUUUAUCCGAACGUGGGAGGAGUGGAAAGUCACAUUUAUCAGCUGUCACAGUGCCUGAUUGAAAGAGGACACAAAGUUAUCAUUGUCACUCAUGCUUACGGGGACAGGAAAGGUAUUCGCUACCUCACCAAUGGUCUGAAAGUUUAUUACUUACCGUUGAAGGUCAUGUACAACCAGUCCACAGCAACAACACUACUGCACAGCCUUCCACUCCUCAGGUUUAUAUUUGUAAGGGAACGUGUCUCUGUCAUUCAUUCCCACAGCUCCUUCUCGGCUAUGGCCCAUGAUGCUCUCUUCCAUGCCAAGACCAUGGGACUGCAUACAGUUUUCACAGACCACUCUCUUUUUGGAUUCGCUGAUGUCAGCUCGGUGCUCACCAACAAACUUCUCACCGUGUCUCUAUGCGACACCAGUCACAUCAUCUGCGUUUCUUACACUAGCAAAGAAAACACUGUUCUCCGAGCAGCUCUGAAUCCUGAAAUUGUGUCUGUCAUCCCAAAUGCUAUUGACCCCACAGACUUUAAUCCAGACCCCAAAAAAAGAGACAGGAGCAGAAUUACCGUUGUUGUAGUUAGCAGACUCGUUUACAGAAAGGGAAUUGAUUUGCUGGGCGGUAUCAUUCCUGAAAUGUGUCAGAGAUACCCGAAUCUCCAUUUCAUUAUCGGGGGAGAGGGUCCAAAACGAAUCAUUUUAGAAGAGGUACGAGAAAGGUACCAACUCCAUGACAGGGUGAGACUUUUGGGAGCCCUGGAGCAUCAGCAGGUGCGCAAUGUCCUGGUGCAAGGGGAUAUCUUUUUGAACACGUCUUUAACUGAGGCCUUUUGCAUGGCCAUUGUGGAAGGUGCCAGCUGUGGAUUACAGGUGGUGAGCACAAGAGUGGGUGGAAUUCCUGAGGUGUUGCCUGAGAAUUUCAUUAUCCUUUGUGAGCCGUCGGUGAAGUCUCUGUGCGGUGGCUUAGAGCAAGCGAUUAACAGGUUGCUGGCAGGGAAAUUGCCGAGCCCCGAAACAAUCCACAGAACAGUGAGCAAAUUUUAUACAUGGAGAGAUGUGGCUGAGAGAACUGAAAAAGUAUACGAUCGAGUGGCUCAGGAAGAAGUACUACCAAUGGAUCAGAGGCUUGAGCGUCUUGUAACACACUGUGGAGUCGUAAUUGGCUGUAUUUUUGCCCUUUUUGCCAUUGUAAGCUUCCUGCUGCUGAACUUUCUCAGAUGGAUGACUCCAGAUUCUUCUAUUGAUAUUGCUGUAGAUGCAACAGGGCCAAAUGGUGCUUGGUCAAGACCGUAUUCUGUGGAAAAGAAGCGUGACCUCACCAGACAGAGGGACACCAAUGUCUGUAAAGAAACGCCUGGCCUUUCUGUGGAGCAUUGAUAUACUUGGAGAACUGGACUGGAUCAUAGUCCGUUUUAAUCCACUUCUUACUGUUUUUUUUUUAUCUAUGAAAUGAAAACUUUUCACAUACAGUAUUCUUCAGUAAGCAAUGCUGCCUAUUGCAAUCCAAAGAUUGCCAUUUUGGACCAUUUCUAAUCGCUUCAUUUCUACAUUUUAAAGGUAACAUUAUGUGGAGGUCCCUGCAAGCCUGCUUGAGUUUCUACCUACAACAUCAGCAGGGUUGAUCUUUGGGUAAUGUAGAAGCCCCAUGGGGAGAAAAUGUUGGCAAUACUAAAAAAACAUGGUUGAUAUUUUAAUAUAUACCUCGGCAGUGGCCUUUAAGCUGUAUUCCAAUUUAGUGCUGCAUAUCGACAACUGGAAGCUAACUGGCUGAUGCUUGGCUGGAGUCCAACUAGAGCUGAAGGGAUUGUGCUUUGCAUUUAAACGGGUUGUUCAUCUUCCAACACUUUUUUCAGUUUAGUUGUUUUCAGAAAAUAAAGACUUUUUCCAAUUA